AUGGCAGCGAUUGAAGCUGGAAGAACCAAAAGUGGACGUAAUGUCCAAUUUACUUUAGAACAAAAUGAAGUUCUAGUAGAGAGUGUAUUAGAGCAUUAUGAUGUUCUUCUCGGCCAUAAGCAGCGUGUUACCACACAUAGCAGAAAAAAGUUUUUGUGGGAAGAGAUUAGUCGCGCUGUUUCAGCAGUAUCACGUUUUCCCAAAAAUGUUGAUAGUUGCAAAAAGCGUUUCUCUGACAUUAAAAGAAUCACAAAGUCAAAAUAUGCCAAAGAAAAAAAAGCAGCUAGGGCUACCGGCGGUGGCCCAGCAAUGGAUUCCGAUCUUCUCAACUAUGAACGACGUGUAUUGUCUCGAUUGGGGAACGAAAUAGUAGAUGGUCUUGAUGUGCCUUGUGAUUCCGAUGAUUUUCCAGCACAACCUUCUAGCCAAUCUUCUCUACAAGCUACAGAGUCAAUUGAGGAAUUAGCUUCUACAAGCCAAAUGAGGCCUACAGAAAAUGUUUGUCAAAGAACCCUUUCGUCAUCUUCGAUAACAACACAUAGUUUAGGAUCAGCGGAUACAUUGCCUGAUAUUCCCUGCAGUACACCCGUUGACAAUGCCAGAAAUUCGAGAGAAGUCAUGAAUAUCUUCAAUCAAAUUAUAUCCGGAGGUAUAGAAGAAGGUAACGAAGAAGAAAACACACAAGAUGAUAUUAGUAGUGGGGAAAUAAUACUAAGGACUGUAGACCCUUUAGAAGAAGAUUCACAAAUGACUAUAAUUGAAGAGUCCUUGUCAGGGACAAAUACAUCUGCCCAAUCAAGGUCCCAUCAACAACCAGAGUCUACAAUGUCUACACCAAUACCUGAAAUUGAAAAUGCUGCUAAUAUAGCUAAUAAUCCAAUUGAAGCUGCCCCUGAGACAGACGCAUUACAGGAGAUGGUGGGAAUAGCACGCAAUUUUAGGGAUGAACAAAACAAAGUAAUUGAGAUGUUUGGAAAUUUUUUAAAGGAUAGGAUAAGAAUAGAGGAGCAAAAAAUAGAAAUUGAAAGGGAAAGAAAUGAGAUAUUUAGAGCUGGUUUUGAAAAUUUAAGUAAAUGCGUAGAAUCAAUAUCAAACUUAUUCUCCGCAUCAUCAUCACCAAACCCACAAUUUCAAGAAUAG